GGCUGGGUUCAGUCCGGAGUUUCAAUUCUUCUGUUUUUUUUUUUUUGGGCUAUCUAAAAUUUACCCUUUCCUAAACUUGGCACACAGAGCAAGAAACAAAGAACAAAAAAAUCUGACUAUUUUUAUAAAUGCAACUCCCACUUUCCUAUUUUUUCCUGUCGUAAAAUUUUACUUUGACUUCUUUUUUUUUUAAUUUGAUAAUCUUGUUCAUGUUGUUUCCCCCCUAUUUCUCAAAUCAAAUUGUGGGUUUAUCAAUCUCAGAUCAAAUUUCUAGGGUUUUCUCAGAUCUCUCUGUUCAUGUCAUCAAUGUAAGUAAUUUCCCCUUCUGUAUAUGAAAUUUCCUCAAGUGGGUUUUUUUCCCUGCUUUGUUUAUGAAUCCUGAGGUAGGAAUUUGAAUUUUAAGAGGCUUACAUGGAUAGCCUUUUUUAAAUGUACAAAUUUGAUUAGGCUUCUGUUGCCUAGCUGUGAAAAAUGGAUUAGUUUUGAAGUGUUUUCAAGGUGGAAGCUUUGGUUUUUAUUUGCUGGAAUACAUUAGGAUCAGGGUUAGGGCUUAGGUUUUGGCAUAGCAACAGAUAUGAUCAAACAGAUAUUGGGUAAGCUACCUCGAAAACCCUCAAAACCAUCCAGUAACGAUUCAAACAAUGACAGUGGACUCCAUGCCCACUCGUCCUUGAACUCAUCUAAUGGGCCCAGUUCCAUUAACAACUCAAAGCUCUCUUCCAUUUCGUCCAAAUCUUUGAAUCCGAGUUCGGGCGCUUCACGCUUGAACAAUGGGAGCCUGGUGCCAAAUAGCAAGGGGAAUCAAGGGAAAAAGUCAGCUCCUCAAUUGGAUCCUUUGAUGACUUCUGGGGUUUAUGAGGCAUUGCCUAGCUUUCGUGAUGUUCCUAACUCGGAGAAGCAUAAUCUCUUUAUGAAGAAGUUGAAUAUGUGCUGCGUUGUGUUUGAUUUUAGUGAUCCUUAUAAGAAUCUUAAAGAGAAGGACAUUAAGAGGCAGACUUUGCAUGAGCUUCUUGAUUAUAUUUCAACUGUUACUUCAAAGUUCAAUGAGAUUGCAAUGCAAGAAAUUACGAGGAUGGUGGCAGCCAAUUUGUUUAGAACACUUCCAUCCAUGAACCAUGAUAAAAAGAUUCUAGAAAUGUUUGACCCUGAAGAUGAAGAACCAGCUAUGGAGCCUGCUUGGCCUCAUCUUCAGAUUGUGUAUGAUUUUCUGCUUAGAUUUGUGGCUUCAUCAGAGACUGAUGCCAAGCUCGCCAAGAGAUACAUUGACCAUUCAUUUGUGUUGAGAUUGCUGGACUUAUUUGAUUCUGAAGACCAAAGAGAGAGGGAGUAUUUGAAGACGAUACUCCACCGUAUUUAUGGAAAGUUCAUGGUACAUCGACCAUUCAUUAGAAAAGCUAUCAACAAUAUCUUUUACAUAUUCAUUUUCGAGACAGAGAGGCAUAACGGGAUUGCAGAAAUGCUUGAGAUAUUGGGCAGCAUUAUUAAUGGGUUUGCUUUGCCAUUGAAGGAAGAGCACAAGCUUUUCCUUCUCCGUGCCUUAAUUCCACUUCACAAGCCAAAAUGUGUAUCAAUGUAUCAUCAGCAACUGUCAUAUUGUAUAACUCAAUUUGUGGAGAAAGAUUUCAAGCUGGCUGAUACUGUAGUCCGAGGUCUGUUGAAGUAUUGGCCCAUGACUAAUAGUUCCAAGGAAGUUAUGUUUCUUGGUGAGUUGGAGGAAGUUUUAGAGGCUACUCAGGCAGCAGAGUUUCAGCGGUGCAUGGUCCCUUUGUUCCAUCAAAUUGGUCGCUGCCUCAACAGCUCACAUUUUCAGGAUUUGGAUUUGAACGUUGGGUUGUUCAUAUGGAAUCUGGUAUUGUGGCAGGUUGCAGAACGUACUUUGUUUUUUUGGAACAAUGAUCACAUAAGAAAUUUGAUCACGCAGAAUCACAGAGUGAUACUGCCUAUAAUCUUCCCAGCUCUGGAGAGAAAUACAAGGGGGCAUUGGAACCAAGCUGUUCAGAGUUUGACCCUGAAUGUCAAGAAGAUAUUCUCAGACGCUGAUCAAGAAAUUUUUGAUGAAUGCUUGGUCAAAUUUGAAGAAGAUGAAGUCAAACAGAUGGAGACACGGGAGAAAAGAGAUUUAACUUGGAAAUGCUUGGAAGAUGUGGCGACCUCUAAGGUUGUAAGCAAUGAAGCUGUGCUUGUCUCGAAGUUCAUCUCAUCUGUCGCCAUUGCUAGUGGGACAAGUCCUCGGGCCACUGCAGCUGGUUGAGAGCUCUGACUGGUGUAAACUGAGUUUACCUUCAUGAAGGAUAUAAAGGUGUUGACUGGUGACCUCCUUGGUGCAAGUAGGAAUUGUUUGGCCUUGUUUCGCAUGGUUCUCUCACAAGUCCAUAUUUCAUCAGUGCAGAAGACGGAGGUUCGGUUUUGAGACACUGAGGUUAUUUUUUUGGUUUCUAUGCUCUUCCAUCUUUUCUUCUCAUCCAUGAAAUUGUAAGUGUGUAUUAUAAAGGAUUUGAUUCAUAGAGGUAGUCCCUCGUACUUCCCACCUUGUAAAAUUUAUUUUCUGUAAUGAUGCAAAGAAGAUUGUUCCUUCCA